AUGGAGCGGGUCAAUCAGACUGUGGUGAGAGAGUUCAUCUUCCUCGGCUUCUCAACCCUGGCCAGGCUGCAGCAGCUGCUCUUUGUUAUCUUCCUGCUCCUCUAUCUGUUCACUCUGGGCACCAAUGCAAUCAUCAUUUCCACCAUUGUGCUGGACAGGGCCCUUCAUAUCCCCAUGUACUUCUUCCUUGCCAUCCUCUCUUGCUCUGAGAUUUGCUACACCUUCGUCAUUGUACCCAAGAUGCUGGUUGACCUGCUGUCCCAGAAGAAGACCAUUUCUUUCCUGGGCUGUGCCAUCCAAAUGUUUUCCUUCCUCUUCCUUGGCUGCUCUCACUCCUUCCUGCUGGCAGUCAUGGGUUAUGAUCGUUACGUGGCCAUCUGUAACCCACUGCGCUACUCAGUGCUCAUGGGACAUGGGAUGUGUAUGGGACUAGUGGCUGCUGCCUGUGCCUGUGGCUUCACUGUUGCACAGAUCAUCACAUCCUUGGUAUUUCACCUGCCGUUUUAUUCCUCCAAUCAACUACAUCACUUCUUCUGUGACAUCUCUCCUGUCCUCAAGCUUGCAUCUCACCAUAACCACUUUAGUCAGAUUGUCAUCUUCAUGCUCUGUACAUUGGUCCUGGCUAUCCCCUUAUUGUUGAUCUUGGUGUCCUAUGUUCACAUCCUCUCUGUCAUACUUCAGUUUCCUUCCACAUUGGGGACUCAGGAAGCUUCUAUCUCUAGGAUUUUUCUAGAUGUUUUCUGA